AUGGAUUGUCGUAAUUACGACGCUUCGGCUUACGCCGAGCGCGUUUUGCGCGAGCAGAAGCUAGCCGGGAGCGUGAUCUACGCGGCGCUGCACGUUCCGGGCGACCACGUCAACAUGUCCCCUAGAGAGCUGGGGAACGAAACGUGGCCGUCCACAUCAGCAGCGCCGCGGUUUGUCGCAUGCGCUUCGAGCAGCGGUCGCGUAUCCGUUCACUCCCUGGCCUCGUUAGUCGCCUCGCAGUGCGCGCGUGCUCCAGGGGAGGGCGGCGGCGGGCCUUGGGGGCAAGCGGGGGAGGGGGCGCGGCGGUUGGGGGAGGCGCAGCCCGCAGCAGCGGUGCAGGCGCACAGGGGGGCGGCGUUCGGACUCAAGACAUGCGCCAUGGGGGAACAGCCGCUGCUGUUCAGUUGUGGGGACGACGGCCGCGUUGCAGGGUGGCGGUGGGGCGACCUUCUCACAUCCACUCCUGCCCACCAUGCAGCUCAAGCCCCCCAGGUGGCCCCGUGCGUUGACCUGGUCAACCCCCCCACCACGUGGGCUGCUGCAAGAGGCGUGGCAGUGGUGCCGGAGACAAACGCCAUUGAUGUUGACGAGCAGAGAAACGUCAUUUACAGCGCAACAGGCAACGGGUGUGCAUAUGCAUGGGACGUGGAGACUCAUAAGCAGGUAGCUGAGUUCAGGGGCCAUUCAGACUACCUGCACUGUGUGGUGGCACGGCCGCAGCACAAUCAGAUAGUGACAGGAUCGGAGGAUGGCACGUGCCGAGUAUGGGAUUGCCGCACAGCCGCCGCAGUGCUGUGUCUCAACCCCUUCACUGCGCGCCAAGCACCCCUCUCCCCCUCGUCUUCCUCCUCCCCCUCCUUGCCGUGGGUCAGCAGUGUAGCAACUGACUCCACUGCUCCAUGGCUGCUGUGUGGCACGGGCGGUGGCACGGCGUCUCUCUUCUCUCUGCAGGCACCCGCCUCUGCGCUGCUGCACGUGUCUCUGGGCGCACCAGUGCAUGCCGUGGCCAUGGGGAGAGAUGCAGAUGAGAUACUAGUGGCGGGAGCCAGCUCUGUGUUGACUCGGUUGACUUUUGCCGGCCAGCUCAAGUCACUAACUGCCACAGCCACGCCAUCCGUGUACUCCCUCCAUUCACAUGCGCCGUCCCAGGUAACACCUUCGCUGGAAGCACCCUUCCAGAUGGUGACACCGUUUUACGAUAACACUCUAUUUCUAGGAACGUCUCGCUCUUAG